AAUGUUGCGAGACAGGCGAGAUUCGUGAGAAGCCAGCGACGACGACGACGACGACCAUCAUACCCCACGACCCACGCUCGCGCAAGCCUCUAGACACAACCAUGGCUUCCACGCAGAGUGUGCAAUGCUUCGGCAAGAAGAAGACUGCUACCGCCGUCGCCCACUGCAAGGCCGGCAAGGGUCUUAUCAAGGUCAACGGCAAGCCCCUUUCUCUGGUUGAGCCCGAGAUCCUUCGAUUCAAGGUCUACGAGCCCGUCCUGAUCCUCGGCCUUGACAAGUUCGCUGGUGUCGACAUCCGCGUCCGCGUCUCCGGUGGUGGUCACACUUCUCAGGUCUACGCCAUCCGCCAGGCCAUUGGCAAGUCCAUCGUCGCCUACUACCAGAAGUUCGUCGACGAGCACUCCAAGAACCAGCUCAAGCAGGCUCUUGUCCAGUACGACAGAACCCUCCUCGUCGCCGACAACAGACGCUGCGAGCCCAAGAAGUUCGGCGGUAAGGGUGCCCGCUCGAGAUUCCAGAAGUCCUACCGUUAAAUUAUUUUGUGGGGUUGUUGGUGGUAUGGGUGGGCAUGGGUGGAGCAGCGUCUUUCUCGGUUCUCUUGCCCUUGUGUACCUAUCUUUUUCGCUGGUAAUAUCGCCAAUGGAGCAAAAGUAAACAAAACUGGUUUUUGGAUCUUGGAACAAACCGUGCAGUUUUCCUACCUAUGU